AUUGUCAAAACUUACCACCGUUAGGCGGCUUUCAGUUCAUAUCAAGUGAGGUGUUUACAAUAUACCGAAAUGGGGAUUGGCUACGUAGUUGUUGCGCUUUCAUUUGUUGGCAUCUGCCAUGGGUUGGAUAUGAGUCUGCUGCAGCCGUACAAUCUUACGGCAGAAGCGAUGUUUAUCGUCGAGGAUUUAAAUCAGGACGGGAUCAUGACUGUCGCCGAGAUUGACGCCGUCUUCGAGAAAUAUGACACCAAUGGCGAUGGAAAAGAGAGCCGACAUGAGUACACGACGUUAAUAUGCGCCUCCAAUCCCGCCCUCUACCAGAUAAGCCACUAUUUGUAUGACGAAUACGACGUCGAUGGUAACCAUCAACUCAGUUUGGUCGACUACGAGGGUUUCCAUGCUAAAAUGGAUACCAACAAAGAUGGACUGCUCAACAAGGAAGAAUUUGUGAUCUUUUGGCAUGACUUGUUCGUUCGUAUUGAAACUGUUGGCAACCAUCAGCACGGACAGUCGCACGAACACGGGGCUCAAAACUGCCAUUAACAACCAUGACGUGCUUGUAUUAUUUGCAUUGCUAUGGUUGCGAAUUGGUGAUAAAUUCAAGAUAGAA